GUCUGUUCUUGAUCCAACCUCACCACCACCACCCUAUCUCACGCAGCGUCUUCGCUCGACCUGCGGCACAUCGCCAUCGCCCUCUAACCUUCCUCGCCACUUUGCCCUCUCUGCUGCGACAAAGUCUCUCUGAUUGAGGUCUACGUGACCGCGCCAGUCUCUCCAUCCCUGAUUCCUCCAACCCCCGAGCUGCUUCUUCCGCGCCGCACUCCUGACUAUCGCUUGCACACCGCGACGAGAUCGUUUUCUACCUUGCGCACACCCCUGGAGCUCGUCGAAUACGCCUGGUGCAAUAUUUGUGCCUUUUCAUUCGAAGUGGUCCGAUCAGGGCCAUCCAACCGACAUCAUGUCGAACGAUUUGACGGGAGAGCAGAUGCAGGCCAAAAUCACGGCUGCACGGAGAGAAGCUGAAGGGCUCAAAGACCGUAUCAAGCGCAAGAAGGAUGAUUUGGCCGACACCAGUUUGCGACAAGUCGCCAUGAACAAUACCGAACCACUCCCACGAAUAGGCAUGAAACCGCGAAGGAAUCUCAAGGGGCAUCUGGCCAAAAUAUAUGCCAUGCACUGGUCUACAGACAGGCGACAUCUCGUGUCGGCCUCUCAAGAUGGUAAAUUGAUCAUAUGGGAUGCCUAUACAACCAACAAGGUCCACGCUAUUCCCCUGCGUUCAUCGUGGGUCAUGACCUGCGCAUAUGCACCUAGUGGAAACUAUGUUGCUUGUGGUGGCCUUGACAACAUCUGUUCAAUCUAUAAUCUUUCAACAAGAGAAGGCCCCACCCGUGUUGCUCGCGAACUGUCUGGGCACUCAGGGUACCUGUCAUGCUGUCGGUUUGUCAAUGACCGAAAAAUCAUCACCUCUUCGGGAGACAUGACCUGCAUGCUGUGGGAUAUCGAGACAGGUUCCAAGGUGACCGAGUUUGCAGAUCAUCUGGGCGAUGUGAUGAGCAUCAGUAUAAACCCAACCAAUGCGAAUGUUUUUGUCUCUGGGGCCUGCGAUGCCUUCGCAAAGCUUUGGGACGUUCGGACAGGAAAGGCUGUACAGACAUUCGCUGGACACGAAUCGGAUAUCAAUGCCAUUCAAUUUUUCCCAGACGGUAAUGCCUUUGGCACUGGUUCCGACGACGCUUCCUGCAGGCUUUUCGACAUCCGUGCAGAUCGCGAGUUGAUGUCUUAUCAGAAUGAGCAAGUGCUCUGCGGCAUCACCUCGGUCGCUUUCUCCGUGUCCGGUCGUUUGCUCUUUGCGGGUUACGACGACUUUGAAUGCAAGGUUUGGGAUACACUUCGUGGUGAUAAAGUGGGCUCUCUCAAUGGCCAUGAAAACCGAGUUAGCUGUCUUGGUGUAAGCAACGAUGGCAUCAGUCUAUGUACUGGAUCCUGGGAUUCUCUCCUCAAAAUCUGGGCUUGGUAAAUUUGGGAGUGCUAUGGGGAAAAGAAUAUAUUCUCUUUUCAUUCACGGCGAAAUCUUCAGAUGAUUAAUCUCGAACCUGGCGAGCGACAACCGACCAAAAAUCCAUCAUCGGCCGACAUUUCUUCCAUUACAUCAAAUCACGACAUUACACAACCCCCGAUGAGAAUCGCAGGAAACGAGAAGUUGGAGCAAUUGCGGCCUUUUUUGUGCGAUCGACCACAAGCAUUCCACACGAGAUUUUGCUGACUUACUUGGACGAGGAUCUCCGCCACUCAAUUGUACGGCAGAGAAUCCCUGGAUGGGUAUCAACGCAAAAGGGGUUCCAGUGAGGAGGGCGGCUCUUUUCCCCUUGCUUUUGCCAGACAGAGCGUGCUCGUGCUGGUCUCUUUUUUAUCGUCUACGAUCAUGAUGACAAAGUGCCUGGUGCAGACGGAGUUACUAUGUUACGUUGCCAUUGCCGCCACUGCUUGUACCUAGGUGUAUACCUGUGGCGUCGUCCUUACUCUUCCUUCUUUGUUCCUUUUUUCCGCAGAAGUUGUGAGGUCUGUCUUACGUGGAGAGAUGUGUGUGUGCGUGGCACGUUGACACCACCGGGAAAAAUAUCACUUUGAUGCUUCCAAUCCUUGUUCCUCUUUUUUACCAAACCAAAAAAUAGCGUGUCAACAGUAGCGCAGAGACAAUUCGAAACAAAAUCUUCAAGAUGUCUAGGUACCCUAGGUCUUCAC